GUGAAAUGAGCGCAGAAGUACAUGGCGGGAGAGAUAGUGAAAUAAGGUAAAUAUCAUAAAAGAUACUAACAAAGAACAAAGCGUAAAAGGAGAGCAAUAACCAGAGUGAAAGUAAACCUGUAAUGUGGAGGACACGGACAGUGAGCGCAGUGUAACCGUGACAACGAGACACGAGGACGAAUUUAAAGUGAUCAUAAAUCGUCUCCCGACGGGCGUCGUUCGUGGGCGGGAUUAAUGCACCUGUAAGCUGAUUUGUCAAACGCCAUCAAGCCCUGAAGAAGAACGGAGGAGGACAGCACUACUGUGGUAGAGGAGCGGUGUGUGUGCAGACAUGGCUGCUGUUGAUGAAGCGGACUGAACUUAGAGGAGAGACACAAACUAAAGUAUCCAUCCCCUCAUGUCAGUGUGGAUCUGACACCAACGUCUGUAUCACUUCAUCGAUGCUUGUAUCAAUCCGUCCAGCCUGAGUUGAAGCAGCAAUGAGUUCAGUUCAGUAUCUGAGAGAGUUCAUCAAGGAGAGACUAACUGCUGUUUGUGAAGAAAUCUUCUCAGAAGUUCAAAAAACCAUCGUCCAGUAUGAGGAGGAGAUCAACCGUCAGCACAGACUGCUGGAUAUCAGCCGGAAACCCGACAGAAACUCACACAUCAUAGACCUCCCACAACAACAUGACUGUGAGGAAGAGGAGGGUCUGAAUGAGCAGCAGGUCUGUAACCAGGAGAGGAACUCCAGUCUGGACCAGGAGUACCCAGAGCCUCCACAGAUUAAAGAGGAACAAGAGGAACUCUGCAGCAGUCAGGAGGGAGAGCAGCUUGGACUGAAGCAGGAGGCUGAAGGCAUUAUCGUCUGGACUGAUGAAGAGCAGCUCAGACUGCUGGAGACCAUCUGUAAACCUGAGAUAAAGUUACACAGAAUAGAUGUCCAUCAGCAGCAUUCUUUUAAGGAAGAGAAGGUUCUUACAGACCAGCAGGUCUGUAACCAGGAGAGGAACUCCAGUCUGGACCAGGAGGACCCACAGCCUCCACAGAUUAAAGAGGAACAGGAGGAACUCUGCAGAAGUCAGGAGGGAGAGCAGCUUGGACUGAAGCAGGAGACUGAUACUUUUAUGGUGACACCCGCUUAUGAGGAAAGUUCCCACAGUGAACCAGAACCAAAUAGUGAGCAGCUCCUUUCUCACAGCUCUUCUGAAGCAGAGAGCCGAGAUUAUGAAGUAAAUGGGCAUGUGGACUCAAGGUCAACUAGAAAUGCAGAGCUGAAGAAGAGACAUCACAGUCAGAGAGUAGACAACACUCCUGUGUCAGUGAGUCAAAGUAGAACGGACACAAAGAACAAGUCUGUACAAUGUGACGUGUGUGGAAAAACUUUAACUGAUAAAUACAAACUGAUUGCACAUCUAAGAGUUCACACAGGUGAGAAGCCGUAUUGUUGUAGCACCUGUGGGAAAAGAUUUUCUGACUCAUCAGCGUUCAAAAAACACAGGAGAAUUCACACAGGUGAGAAACCUUAUUCUUGUAGCACCUGUGGGAAAAGAUUUUCUGACUCAUCAGCGUUCAAAACACACAUGAGAAUUCACACAGGCGAGAAGCCAUAUUCUUGUAGCACCUGUGGGAAAAGAUGUGCUACCUCAUCAGCGGUGAAAACACACAUGAGAAUUCACACAGGUGAGAAGCCAUAUUGUUGUAGCAUGUGUGGGAAGAAAAUUGGUACCUUGUCAGCAUUCAAAACACACACGAGAGUUCACACAGGUGAGAAGCCGUAUUCUUGUAGCACCUGUGGGAAAAGAUUUGCUGACUCAUCAGCGUUAAAAAAACACACAAGAAUUCACACAGGUGAGAAACCAUAUUGUUGUAGCACCUGUGGGAAAAGAUUUUCUGACUCAUCAGGAUUCAAAACACACACGAGAAUUCACACAGGUGAGAAACCGUAUCCUUGUAGCAUCUGUGGGAAAAGGUUUGUCGAUAAGCUACAAUUAAAGAAGCACAUGAGAAUUCAUACGGUGUAAAACGUAUAUACUUAGAAAAUGUGGGACAACUGUGAGUCAUCGCUGAACACCUGAGUGAAAAGAUGAUCCAUAUUCAAAUCAUUUUUUUUUCUUUUUUUUUCCCAGAGCAGUAAAGAACUCUCAGCAUUGUUUGUUCAGUUUAUUACAUUAUUCUAUUAAUUGUAUCAGGAAAACUGAUCUUACAUUUCGUGAGGGUUAAAGUUCAGUAUGCUCCUGUUCUAUUGGUUCAUUGUUUAGCUCUGUUGUUUAUUAUUAUUGCUUUAUAUCCUAUAAUGGGAGAAAUGGACCCCAAACCAGUAUUCUGGUUAAUAGUUUUAAUCCUUUGCUCAAGUGAUUUUUUGUCACAAUAAAAAUGAAGAAAUUGA